CGAGAAAGCAACUUGUAUAGAAUGAAGGCGGCUUCAAAACAAGACCAGUUGAGCUGUAACCUCGUUCCGAUGUGUUGUCGUCCGUCUGCCGCAUGACGCCUUCUCUGCGGAUAUUCACUCGUAAAUAUCUGUUAUUGCAUCUCAAAUUAAAAACAGAUGCAGUCAAGAUGGUGUUGAAAAACAACACUCUACUACUGUUUAGCCUUUUCAUUCUAACUAUUGCUCCUACCUUAGUACUCUCUUUAGGAAAGGAUGCUUCUCCUUUGUACAAUUAUAUUUUGGGAGGUGUUGGGAGACUGGAGCUUGAAAGGUUUAAGAGAGAUGCCGUUAAUAUAACAGAUAAAGAAGUUAAGAAUGCUUUGGUAAAUGCAGAAGAAUCUGUUAAACGUCUUGCCUUUUAUGAAGACGUUCUUCAUGAGCGUCAUUUGCUAACAGCUCAAGGAUCACCUAGUCAUACAGCUAUUCUCACUAGUUGGGCUGGUGAUGAAGCUUUGCAGAUUGCCAAGCAGGGAUUUAUACUUUCAAAGGCUUCGUACUACUUAUCUUACCAAUAUUGUUUGAGGAGUGGAAAAGCAUUAGCUCGUUGUGGAGAUUAUAUAGCUGACUUAUUUAAAGCACCCAUGGUUGUUAAUGUGUGUGAUACUCAUCCAUACAGAACUUACAAUGGAUCUUGCAAUAACCAAGCUCAUUUCACUUGGGGCUCUUCAUUGACUCCUUAUUCCAGACUUUUACCCCCUAUUUACAAGGAUGGAAUUUGGGAACCUCGAGGAAAAGAUUCAAGGUUUAUCUCUAAUGCUGCUGAAGUAAGUAGUGCUGUUCUGCGUCAUUCAGACAAUUCAUUGAAACAGGUUACACUGGCAGUUGUUUCUUGGGCCAGUCUGGUUACUUAUGAUAUGGCGCACACUGUUUCAUACCGUAUGAUUAACACUGGAGAUCCUGUGAUGUGUUGUGAGGGAACUGAAUCAAAAUUGGCUCCUCGCCAUCGACAUCCAUUUUGUAUGCCUAUAGUUAAUGAAAAAGAGACAAAAUGUUACAAUUAUGUCAGAUCAAUGGUUGCUCCCUGUGAUGACUACAGGUUUGGCCCAGCCCAACAAAUGAAUGCAGUUUCGCAUCUUUUGGAUGGUUCCAGUUUGUAUGGAAGCACCAAAGAAGAUGCGAAGACACUUAGAACAGGAAAAGGUGGGCAAAUAAAAUUGUCUUCUGUGAAUGGGCAUGAUAUAUUACCAUCAUUAUUUUCUUCAGCAACUCCUCUUAUUUUUGGUGAAAUGCGAUUGAACAUUGAUGUAAUGAGUGCUGUUCUCCACUUAGUACUUGUGCGUGAGCACAACAGAAUUGCUUCUGAACUUGCUCAUAUUAAUCCUAAUUGGAAUGAUGAAAAACUUUAUCAGGAGGCCAGAAGAAUUGUGAUCGCCGAAAUUCAGCAUAUCACCUAUAAUGAAUGGUUGCCCGUUGUUUUAGGUGAUAAAGAGACUUCAAGGAGGGGACUUCAUUUUAAUAAGCAAGGAUAUAGUGAUGUUUAUAAUAAAAAUGUACCCCCCUCAGUUUAUAACAGUUUUGCCAACGCAGCCAUGAGAUUUAUUGUGUCAAUGGUUGAUGAAAAGCUUAGCUUGUAUGAUGAAGAAAGGAAGCCAUCAAGUAAUAUGACCCUACGCUUUAGUCUUAUCAAACCAAGCUUAUUUAAUGAUGUUAACGUUAUGGAUUCAUUAGUGAGAAUGCUAUCUACGCAAAAUUGUCAAGCCAAGGAUCUCUCCCUGCCACAUGCUGUUACUGAAUUUUUAUACAGCAUUGGAAAUGAGACAGGUUUAGAUGCUCUCAGUCUUGACAUACAAAGAGGAAGAGAUCAUGGUCUGCCACCUUUUGUUGCUUUCCGAAAAUUGUUUGGACUGAAAUAUGAAAGCUUUGAUGAUUUAACCAGUUCCAUACCUCAAGAGAUUUUACAAGAUUUGAAGAAAAUUUAUCAAAAAGUUAGUAACAUUGACCUUAUUGUGGGAGGACUGGCAGAGAUCCCUAACAAGGGGUCACUCUUGGGUCCUGUUUUCUCUUCCAUAAUUGCGCAACAGAUGGCCACAACAAGGAUCGGGGAUAGAUAUUUUUAUGACAACAAAGAUCAGCCAUAUCCUUUUACGCUAAACCAGCUGAGUGAAAUUCGUAAGGUGUCUUUGGCUCGAUUAUUUUGUGAUAACACCUCAGUAAAGAAAAUGCAACCAAGCGUUUUUACUAAACCUAAUUUAGGGAAUCAGCUAGUCAUGUGUGAUGACGAUACUCUCAUCAGAAGGAUGAAUUUGAAAUACUGGAAACAGGAAUCUGUUUGAAGUGUCAUUUUGAAUAUGUUUAUAAUCUGUACCUGUAAAAAUGUAAAUUUAUUUAUUAAAGACAUCUAACUCUAAUUUUUAUAGUUAGGCUAAGAUUUAUAUGUUUAUAUGUUUAUGUCGACAAUAUGUAACCCUGAUCUCUGUAAUUUUGAAGAACUUCUUUAUUUGAAGUUUCAAGUCAUGAUCAGAUUUAUACAUUUUGUAUAAAAAAGUUAUGAAUUUUGUAAUUAAUGUUCCUAUUUAUUUGUAUAUUGUUAGGUUAAUAGAAGUUAUUUUAUUACUCCAUGUUUUUCAUUUUGUGUACAAAAUAAAUUAUUAUAUAAC